UGGACAGUCAUGGAGUCAAGUUUUUCGAAUAUUCCAAAUGUAUCGGUUGUUGAUCUUCUGCGCGUUCCUAGUGUGGAGCUCGAGCGCUCGAGUCCUUAUAGAUUCUCAUUCAAAUGGUCGUAUCAUAGGAGGAAUAGAUACAUCCAUCGAUAAGUUUCCUUUUUUGGUUUCUCUAAAAUUUUUCGAUGUCCACCGUUGUGGAGGCUCAAUCUACACGUUCAAUGUAGUGCUAAUAGCAGCCAACUGUGUGCUUGGACUGAGCAAGGAUUACCUGACAAUUACCGCUGGAAUUACUAACCUCAAUGAGCAAGGUAUUGAGCGCGAAGUCAAAGAUGUUAUCAUCCACGAGGAAUAUAGUGCCUGGUUGAAUGCAAAUGACAUAGCGUUAAUAAUCUUGAAGAAAUCGUUUGUAUAUACCAAAACGAUUCAGGCUAUUAUCCUAGCAAGUGAUGGUGAGGAAAUACCGGCGGGCACUAGAGGUUCUAUUGCUGGUUGGAGCUCACCGGACAACGGAGAGGAAGUUCAGGCUGAUCUUCGCUAUAAAGAUGUGUACACCUUUAGCAAGAAAGAAUGUGCCGAAAGAUACAACCCCUAUUAUGAUAUAACGGAUGAUAUGAUCUGUGCUGGACCUGCAGUGGGAAAGGGUGGCGUGUGUUAUGGUGAUUUCGGCGGACCGUUAAUUAUUGGAGGACGAUUGUUCGGGAUCACCUCCUUUUCGAUAAAUUGUGGUGACAGAUUAUAUCCGCCGGUGUUCCUUAAAAUAUCCAAAUUCCGAAGCUGGAUCAGCGAACAAGUGGAGAAACUUGAACUGCAAUAGCUUAAAAAUUACGUGCAUGGCCAUCUUAUUCCUUUGUCAAAAAGAGCAAAAUCUUCAAUUGUUAAUUAACUUGUUUUAUUGAAAAUUGUAUGGUGAACCCUCGAAAAUGUCUCAGGAAAGAAUUUUUCUUUUUUUUUAUUAUUAUAUAUCGCUAACAAAAAUGU